AAAGCAUGAUUACGGGACCAGAGGCCAGACAAACGCAUCGCUUACUGGACUUGAAGAAACAGCAAUGGGCUAAGGAGCGAGAGGAAAUUGCCCGCAUGGAUGAGAUGUAUCAUCAUCAGCAUACUUCAUCCACAUCGCACCACAAAAUUGAGCGCACUUCGAUACGGACUUUCUAUUCCAAUUUGGACUUGACAUCGAAUCAGACUUCCAGCCAUUCGAGAGGACCGCUGCUGCAGCCUCAGGCACAGUCGCAGCCGCAGGAGUAUAUGAAUCAAUUGGAACGUUAUAUAGAGGACUUGGAUAAUGAAGCCGAUGCUGAUUAUGAGGACGAUGAUUCGUUGGUCUAUAGAAGAGCGGGCAGGAGGGGUAGUUAUGCAACGGGCAUGUCAUCCAGACAAAGGUAUAUCGAACUUAUGCCACCACAGGCCACCUCCCUGCAAACGGCCAAGGGACGCAUGCAACAUCAUUCACAGAGACUGAGGAGUCCUAGUUUGCCAGCCAUAAGGCACCAACAGCAGCAACAACAACAAAAACUUCCCAAUGGAGGCAAAAGCCAAACAAGCAUUGAUCCCGGCAACCAACCAACGUUGGCAAAUCGAUUAAACAACAACAAUCAGGCAAGUCAACCGUCGGCUCCUGUUCAAGUUAUUGGUUGCCAGGAGCCAGAGGAUACUUCCGGCUAUCUGAGCGACACGCCCAAGAAUACACACACCCCCGAUAUUUGGUAUAACGAUGGGGCUAGUCAAAAUGAGAGCAUUAGUGGAAUGGGUAGCGCCAGUAUGGCAGAGGAAUCAAGUGCAGCGGGAAUCGGUGUAGGCAUCGGCAUGGGUUUGGGUGGGGGUGUGGGUGUGGGUGUUGGUAGGUGUCGUCGUCUUAGACAACCUCCCGCCCAGCCGCCUCCAGCAAAGUUGGUUAUAAUCAGGGGUAGACAUGGCGAAGAUGGUGGUUACCUUGCCGAUGGCUCGUAUUACCCACCACCAAGUUCAUCGAACCUAAGUCGCGAUAUCUCCUCUUCAAAUACAUAUCAAGUGCAAGGAGAUUUCUAUGAACGGGAAAGGGCACGCUGGGCCACCUAUAACAAUAUGCAACAGCAGGCAGUGCCGCCACCUGGCUGGUUAAGUCGCGGUGGCAAGGAUAGCGAAGAUGAUAUACAAUCUCUGCAAUCCUCCUCCACCUACUUGCGUGGACAGAAUGCUCCCCUUGAUGCCCAUACGCUGCAGGAACGCAUCGAUAAGCGUCGACGGGCCGCCGAGUAUCACAACGCGAUCAAAAAGCAAUUGCACGAACGGGAGCUAAUACGAAAGUGGGAACUGGAGCGUCAUCGCCAGGAGGAGCAAAUGGAGGAAGAUCGUCUCAGGCGGCAGAAGCAAAUGGAGAUAGAGCGUCUGGAGUAUGAGCGACGGCAGGCUCUGGAGCGGGAGGAAGCCCAAAAGAAGAAACAGCAGGUGAUGCUCGAUGCCAUUGCCAAGGCUGAGGUGGCAGCUCAAAAAGAGAAACAAAAGAAGCGCAAGAAUCGCGAAGAAGUCAAGGUCAAGACCACCACCAAGCCGGAGCUACUGAGAGUGCAGUCUGUAGAGGAAGACGAGGAUGACGACCAAGAGGAGCCUCAGAGUCAGCCUCAGAGCCAGUAUCAGAGCCAGCCUCAGAGUCAGCCUCAGGCUCAGCCCACUGUGGUAACGGAGGAAAAAAUAUUGAUAGGAACUCCUAUCAAUUUACGUCGGACCAUAACUAAACCUAUCAAGGUAGCCGCAAAGGAUAUUUCCCCAUCGGAGGAGAGUCAAGCAGGAUGCUCGCCCCAAGCCAGUUUCCUUAAUGAAGACAAGGAGAAUUUGGCCCUUUUGAUGCAACCGGCUACCCUAAUACCGUUACCGGUAACAUCAGAUAUAUUUGGACUACAGAAUGCUAUAGGAAAUCUUCAAAUUGCCACAUAUUUUGUGCAACAAUCACAGCCUCCAUCGCAGCAGGGGAUGAAAGCUCCCCAAACGGGUGAACCACUCUCAUAUUCGAAGGCUACAAAUACCCACAGAACAGAAGCAACCUCCAUUUAUACUGAAGACGGUUAUCAGGCAGAGAAGGAAGAGGAGGAAGCUGUGGCACAGACACCAUUCAGUGCCUCUUGCUGUUUUUCACCCGACUCCUUGGAUGUGGACGAGCAAAACAAGCUAGCUCUGAUUCCCAUAAAGACCCCAAUGCAUCUAACAGGAGGCACACAAGAAGUUGAACAGAAAUCUCAUGAUUUGACCGAUAAACAGCGUAAGGAAUCCUUUCACACUGAUGUGGAAACGCAAACGGAAUUGCCACUUAAUUGCGAUCUGUGCCUGUUUCACGACAAUUUCUAUAAGGUUUUACUCAAACGGGAAGUCUCAACGACCACGACGACUCAAACAUCAAAGACUCAGACUCAACCUGCACAGGAAUCGGCAGCGGAAAAGGAUCAGGAUCAUGAAACCACCACCACCACAACAACGACCACCACGACCACCUUCAAGGCCAAGAGCAAGGAUAAGGAGCUGAAGGAGAAGGAGCGAAAGAAGCACUCGUCCAAGGAUAAAGAGGCCCACAAGAUGGAUGAUCGUCCCAAGUGGGGUGUUAAUCGUCCAAUGGUUCAAUAUGUAAAGGCCAGCGAUCGGGAUCCGUUCUGUUUGCGGAAAAAAAAGAAUCACGUAAGCACCGCCAUUGGCUCCAAGCCGCCGCGCUCCCAAUCGAUGGACUCUCGCCUUGAUAGUGUCACCAUUGAAGAUCAAGAGGUUAACUCUACCCUAUCGGUCGGGCACCAUGAUGAUGAGGAAGCCGAAGAGGGUUUCCUACUAAAGGCACGCAAUGUCUGCACCGAAAUACUGCCCAUUAAGACCGAUGAGAAGGGUCGCAUAUUUCUGAAUUUUCGUGAGGCUAGCGCCAUUAUGAACGAGGAUGAGAUCAAGGAUAAGUUAAGGCAAAAAUAUUUCAAUUUCGGGCGAAUCCUACCCAGACGUAGCUGGGCAUCGGCCACACAACACGGUCUGCCCUUCAGUAGUGCCACAGCAGCAGCAGCGGCGGCCAUAACAACAGCUCCACCCCAGGCAAUUGUCGGGGACUUGGCUGACGAUUAA